UUUUUCCUUUUACAAUAAAACUCCAGCAUGUAUUAAAACCAUUUGAAAGCAAUCACAAGUUCAUAUUUCCAAAUUCUUAUUAUUCUUCCAUCAUUAAAAUUUUCCAAAUUAUGUCUUUCCAACUAAUUUCAGUUGUCAUCAGUUCGAUCUUCCUUCUUCUUCCGUCAACAAUUUCCUUCGGCCCAGUCGCUAAACACGGAUGCCCGGACCAGUGUGGGAAUCUAUCGAUUCAAUAUCCGUUCGGAGUCGGGAUGGAUUGCUCUCUCGACCCGUCUUUCAAUAUCAGUUGCAUAAAUUCCACUUCCAUGGAUGAUCCUCCAAAAGCGUACAUCACCAUUCUUGAUAAAGAAGUGAUCGAAAUAAACGAAACGUACGUUCGGGUCAAGUACCCGAACUUCGUGGCGUCCGCUUGCUACGGCUUGCCCGGCUAUAAUGAGCCUGUGAAUCUGUCCGGGACUCAGUACACGCUGUCGUCGGAGAACUGGCUCACCGCCAUCGGCUGUGACAGUAUGGUGAUGGGGACUGAUCAACCGAACGGGAGUUUGGUGGGGAGCAGCAGCUGCACCUCGUUUUGCGGCGAGAGGAAUCACACCGGCGGCGAUGGAUACUGCCCGGAUAACGGUUUCUGGUCGGUGCUCGGCAAUGGUUGUUGCCGUUCCCCCAUUAAUGGAGGCAGCAGUUUCCUAAAAGCAGAGUUAACCGACCUAAGUGGAGAGUUAGUAGGUGGUAGAGUUUUCCCAUGCAGCUACGCCUUUAUCCAGGAGUCGAGAUCAAGAAGUGGAAAUCACUCUGCAUUUUCGUAUAAAUUGGAGUUUCUCCAGAAUAACUCAAAGGCAUUCUCAGAUGAGUUUAUGGAGACGAAGAUGGCGCCAGUGCCGGUGGUGCGGCUCAAUUGGCGGAUUGGGAAUAAGAACUGCAGUCAGCAACUGUCCAACGACACUAGCUAUGCAUGUAGAGAUAAUAGGAGUAUUUGUGUGGAUAAGUAUCAAGUUGACGGAUACUACUGCAGCUGCUUUCAAGGAUACAAGGGCAAUCCUUACCUCAACGGAGGAUGCCAAGAAGCAUAUUCCGUACCUGUUGCUAAACCUGGAUGCUUGGAUCAAUGUGGGAAUUUAUCGAUUCCAUAUCCAUUCGGAAUUGGGCCAAAUUGCUACAUGGAUCCUUCUUUCGAGAUCAGCUGCAAUGCCUCCACCAAUCCCCCCAAAGCAUACCUCUCCAUUCUCAAAGCAGAAAUCUACGACCUUAAUCAAUCUCAGAUUAGGGUUAAUUACCCAAAUUUAGGUUUCUCCUGCAAUUCGUCAGAGAGGCAGAGCUUGAUCAUUGAUUUGUCAGAAACUCAGUUCACGCUUUCGACGAAGAACGUGCUCACUGCCCUUGGCUGCGACGACAUGGUGGUGGCCGCCUAUGGAAAAGCCAGCAACGCAAGCUUUGUAGGCGGCAGCUGCGCCGCCUCGUGCAGUACUAGCUCCAACGAUAUUGACGAUUACGGUUCCUGCGCACGAUUCUAUACGUUUUCUACAGGUCUUGAUUGGUUUGUUCCGGCCGUCGGCUGUUGCCAGACCCCCAUUUCUAGAGGCAUUGCUUACCUGGAAGCAAAUUUGACAGACUUAAGUGGGAAAUGGCGACGUGGGAAGCUUUACCCUUGCAGCUACGCUUUCAUCGCGGAGAAGACUUCAUUUGUUUUUUACCCGUUUGAAUAUCUUAGUAAUUCAACUGCACCAAUAUUCACAGAUUAUUAUAUUGAGCCAGUGUUGGUGUUAGAUUGGAGGAUUGGGAAAGAGAAUUGCAAUGUAGCAAAAACAAAAGGUAAUGCUUUUGGUUGCAAGGCCAACACUAGGUGUGUUGAUUUUGAUGGAAAUGUUGGAGGCUACCUCUGCGAAUGCUUGAAAGGAUACCAAGGCAAUCCUUACCUCGGACAGGGAUGCCAAGAUAUUGAUGAAUGUGGUGAUGAUACAACAAAUCCAUGCAAUUCCAAUUCAAUUUGCAUCAAUACUCCUGGUUCUGUCACCUGUGUGUGUCCAAGAGGAUUUUACGGUGAUGGAAGGAAAGAUGGCACUGCCUGUAUUCAGGUCACACAAUCUAAGUCUAAGACCAUAAUCUUGACAGGUAUGGGAUCUGCAUUAGGGUUACUACUAUUCCUCCUUAUUUGCUUUGGGUUGUUUAAGAAGCUGAAAAGGAGAAGGGAAAAAAUGGUUAAAGAGAAGUUCUUUAAACGAAAUGGCGGUCUUCUCCUACAACAGCAAACCAAUGAAGGUGCACUCGGAAAAACAAAAGUUUUCCCCUCACAAGAGCUGGAGGUCGCUACUGAUUACUUUAAUGAGAGUCGGAUUCUUGGACGCGGAGGGCAAGGAACGGUCUACAAAGGAAUGUUGUCGGAUGGUAAGAUUGUGGCGGUCAAGAAAUCGAAGUUGGUCGAGGAGAAUCAACUGGAACAGUUCAUAAAUGAGGUGGUGAUACUGUCUCAGAUCAAUCACAGAAAUGUGGUUAAAUUGUUGGGAUGUUGCUUAGAGACUGAGGUUCCUCUGCUUGUUUACGAAUUCAUGCCAAAUGGGACACUUUUUGAGCUCAUUCACAAUCCAAAUAACGAAUUUCCGAUCACAUGGAGCAUGCGCCUGAAGAUCGCAACAGAUAUAGCAGGGGCACUUGCCUACUUACAUUAUGCAUCUUCCGUGCCUAUCUAUCAUCGAGAUAUCAAGUCUAGUAACAUCCUCCUAGAUGAAAAAUAUGUAGUCAAGGUGUCGGAUUUCGGAACUUCAAGAUCAAUUAGUGCUGACCAGACUCAUUUGACUACUCUGGUUAAAGGGACGUUCGGAUAUCUAGAUCCAGAGUAUUUUCAGUCGAGUCAGUUCACGGAAAAAAGUGAUGUUUAUAGUUUUGGAGUAGUUAUUGUUGAGCUCCUAACCGGACAACGAGCGAUAUCUAUGGGGAAAACAGACGAUGAUAGAAGCCUGGCAACACGAUUUCUUACAUGCAUGGAAGAAAAAUGCCUUGACAAAAUUUUAGACACUCAGGUUUUGGAGCAAGGUAGGAUGGAAGAGGUGCUUUUAGUUGCAAGGCUUGCACAAAGGUGUUUGAAUCUGAAAGGAAAAAGGAGACCAACAAUGAAAGAAGUUUCAACAGAAUUGGAAAGUUUUAGGAUAUCCCAAAUGUCUUGCUCCAUUGUGAAAGAAGAAUUUGAUGAUGACCCAGUUUUUGAAGCUAAGCCUAUAUCAUUUUCAGAUAUUGAAUACUCAUGGACAGCCAGUUACAAGAGUCUCUCUGCUUCGUCCUCAGACGCGCAUCCAUUAAUGCACACAACUUAAAACUUCUCGUCGUAAAUCAUACUACUAUAUAUUUGCUCUGUUUGUACUUGUGAACUCUGUUAUGUCGAAUAUGUGAAGUAAAAAGAGAUCAACUUAAA